AUGAGCCAACCAAAUUUGAAGAAGAAAAAGUACCACAGCCAGUUUGAAUUGGAUGACAAUGAUGAUUUCAUCGAAGUCAUUGAAAUUGAAGAUGAUGAUGAUGAUGAGGGCAAGGUGGGUGCUGCACAAGUGGAAGCAAUGAGCAAUGGUGAUGGAUUGACUGGAGUUGCUGCAGAGGGCCUUCUAUUGCUAAGUAAUGUGGCCAAAGCCAAGGGCAGUAAUGGAGAAACAGACAAUGGUGCCAAUUGCAGUAUUAAAGUCGAACCCAUUAUUGCAACAAACAAAUCAACUGAUGCCAGCAUGGACAAUGUUAAGGUUACCUCUGACAAGGCAAGUUUGCGCACUGCACGUAAUGCUGCCAAACUACGCGCAGCAUUGCAACC